GCGGGGUUCAUGUUAUCAUUGACUUCAUUUCUGAAGUAGAAAUAUCAUACUCUCAACAAUGAGCGGAAGAGGCAAAACCGGCGGCAAAGCGAGAGCGAAGGCCAAGACUCGCUCCUCCAGAGCAGGGCUGCAGUUCCCCGUCGGUCGUGUUCACAGACUUCUCCGUAAAGGAAACUACGCCGAGCGCGUCGGUGCCGGAGCUCCCGUCUAUCUGGCGGCUGUGCUCGAGUAUCUGACCGCUGAGAUCCUGGAGUUGGCUGGAAACGCUGCGAGAGACAACAAGAAGACCCGCAUCAUUCCCCGUCACCUGCAGCUGGCGGUGCGCAAUGACGAGGAGCUCAACAAACUCCUGGGUCGAGUGACCAUCGCUCAGGGCGGUGUGCUGCCCAACAUCCAGGCCGUGCUGCUGCCCAAGAAGACCGAGAAACCCGCCAAAGCCAAGUAAACCCUCGGUUUCUGAAACAAAGGCUCUUUUAAGAGCCACCCAUUUUAUCUGAUGGAGAGUGCUUUUUGUUAUUUAACCAAUAGUGUAAUGUUCUCGCUUAAUAAGUGACAUUAUCAUUUAUGCAUUAAAUGUCCAUGUAGAAUAAAUAUAACUAAACAUAAACCACAACGAGCCGUGGUGGAUUGUUAUUCUUUGGAUGGUAUCAUUUUUGUAGUUCUGAUUGUAUGCAGAUGUUAAGAAACUGAUUCAACUCCGUUUCUGAAACACAAAGCCUCUUAAGAGCCACCCAUUUCUUCAGGUUUAUUUAAUCAGUAGAGUCAUACAGUCAUGUCGUUUAAUAACUCUCAUCAUUAAAUGUCAAAUGUUCAUGAAUAAUAAAUAAAAAUCAGAAGGCGCUAGCUGU